AUGGAGGCUUCUCGGAUGCCUGAUCAGCUACAGGAACUUGUGUCAGAACUGGAUCGGCAGGCACAAGAGUGCACGAGAAACGAUACUGGCGCUUCGGGAGAAGCCAUCGAGGGGCUGUUCACCCUCCAAAGUCAAGGCGUUCACUAUGCGCGCGCCCUCAGAGAGCUUCAGAGCUCGAUCGCAGCCGAUGCUGUUCAAGCGGUCUUUGAUACAUGCUUGGACGAUGACGACCUCGAUCAAGAGAAGAUGAGAUCUUCGAGCGACACCAACUCUUAUACCUUCGGUAUCAUCGGUCGAUACUUUACCGUCUUAGUUCACAUGCCGGGAAUGGGAAGGACAAACGGUGCAAUUGUCGCCACAAAGUGUCAAGCCAGCUUUCCGAAUAUCAAACUUGCGCUCGUGGUCGGCAUUUGCGGGGGGGUACCUUUCUAUGGCACAGAGAAGAAGGAGAUCAUUCUUGGAGAUGUCGUUAUCAGCGAGGGUCUAUAUGGUUACGACAUUGGCAGGAGAUUCCCAGACGAAUUCGUGGUGAAGAACUCCGCGGACGACGUAUUUGCUAGACCAUCGCCAGAAGUCAGGUCGAUCCUCAGCAAGCUCAAGUCUCGUCAUAAUCACCGCAAACUCCAAUUAAGGACGUACGAGUAUCUGCGAGAAAUCCAGAGGGAUCCGGAAAACCGGGCGCACUAUCCUGGCGCGAAAGAAGAUCAAUUGUUCGCCGGCACAUACGUUCAUAUGCAUCGUAGCCCUGGAGAAUGCAACAAGUGCUCAGAUGCAAAUACGAUUGCUCCAAGGGUUUGCCUAGAAGCCCGUAGCUCGACUUGUGGCAAGCUUGCCUGCGACAACGCCAUGCUGGUAAGUCGGUCAAGACUGAACGUCAUUUUGGACCACCCGGCUGAGGCCCAGCCAAUGAUACACUUUGGAAAAGUUGCUUGUGGUGAUCAGGUCAUGAAGUCUGGUAAUCAUCGAGAUGCCAUUGGUCAUGAAUCAGGAGCCAUCGCCUUUGAGAUGGAAGGGGCGGGGAUCUGGGACUCCUUUUCUUGUUUGGUCAUCAAAGGAGUUUGCGAUUAUGCUGAUAGUCACAAGCACAAGAAGUGGCAAAGCUAUGCUGCUGCAACAGCAGCAGCCUGUGCAAAAGCAUUUCUUCAGGAAUGCUAUAUGUAA